UACAUGGACUGGAGUCUAUCUACUUUUGAUACACCAAAUGUGUUGUGAUUUUAUACAUUGUUAUUAUUGUAAUAUGCAUUUUGUUGUUUUUUUAUUUGUUAUUAUUCUACUGUAUUGUAUAUACGAUCAGUUUGUGUUAAAAUUAGUUGACAUCAAUAAUUCAAUAUUAAUUUUCAGAUUCUGCAAAUUGCAUGAGUGCCACGCCUCUCAAGCCACGCCCUAGCCCAGUGCCUAGCUAGCUAGCUCCAAUGAAGGACGCUGUCGUUGCUGGAGCAGUCUCUGGAGUUACUGCCCGUAUCAUCACCACUCCUUUGGAUGUCAUCAAAAUAAGAUUUCAACUACAAUUAGAGCCAAUUAGACUCAGUGUCCACCAUGUAUCAAAGUAUAGAGGAAUCACACAAGCAAUUUAUAAAAUUAUAGCUGAAGAAGGAAUUCAAGCAUUAUGUGAUUCUGUUUUUUUUUCUUUUAUCCAAAUAAGGAAGGGAACAAUUCCGGGACUGUUAAUGUAUGCAGUAUAUGGUAGUGUUCAGUUCAGUUGUUUCGACAGAGCAGCUAUAGUUUUAAAAGACCAAAUGGGCAUAGAUAACAAUAUUGUCAGAGAUUUUGUUAGUGGUUUUAUCGGUGGUAGCAUUGCUAGUUUUGUAGUGCAGCCACUGGACGUAAUAAGAACAAGACUAGCUGGUCAAGGUGAACCAAAACAUUAUAAAAAUAUUAGAAGUGCUAUUUCUCUGAUGUAUAAAGAAAGAGGCUUGAGAACAUUUUACAGAGGCUUAACCCCAGCAAUAUUGUUGAUUGGCCCUCAAGCUGGUCUGCAUUUUGGCUUUUAUUCACUUUAUAAUCACUUAUGGAGAAGAUACAAAAGUAGCAAUAAGGAGAAAAAGGACGAAGGGCUAUUGCAUGGUAAUGCAGGAAUGCAAUCAAUAGUGUGUGGAGCAUUAGCUGGAGUCAGUAGUAAAACUAUAUGCCUACCACUUGAUGUAGUAAAAAAGAGACUAGAGGUGAGAGGUUUUGAGAAAGCCCGUGCCUCUUUUGGUCGCGUUGGCCAAUACAAAGGAAUGAGUGACAUAUUUGUCAAGAUAUGGAGAGAAGAGAAAGUGUUUGGUUUCUACAAAGGAGCACUUCCGAGCUUAAUAAAGACUGGAGUGUCCACUGCUGUGUUAUUCACUGUGUACGAUUGUGUACUUGUUUCACUACAAUAAGUGCAAAUAUUGAUACCAUGUCAAUAAUAAUUACUGCAUCUUUGACAGUUUCUGUUAGCUUCUAUGUGUACGAGUUAGUGAUGUCUAAAUUUGAUGUCGCAAAGAUUUAACUGUUUUAAUAAAGCAAACUCAUCACUUUCAGUUUAUUUAUAAACAUAAAAAGCUCUAUUAUUUGUAUAUACAAAAUAGUUUUAUUGUUUUUUAUUAUAACUAAUAACUUAUUCUUCACCUUUGAUCAGGAAA